AUGUCCAGCAUGGCGAUCGCUUUCAGUCAAGAAAACAUCCGAUGCACCGAAGGACAGGCAAGCACGGUUGGGGCUCAUGGCAGUGGCGAGAGAGCAGUUGGGCUCCAGGUGGCCACUGGAAUGGCCCUGGGGGGUCUGAAGCUGGUCAGCGGCAGGACCGAGCACGACCUGGCGAUUCCGCGCAAGAUCCAGGAGCUCCCAGUGGACGAGGACCCUUGGCGCUGGCAAGGACCGGGCGCGAAGGGCGACUACUCGGACCCUCCGGCCUUCCCUGGAUGGUCCCAUCGGCGCUACUGGACGGCAGCUAUUCGGCGAUGGAACAAGAACACCGAUAUCCCUUUGUUCCGUCGCGGAGAAAAAGUUCUACGGUGCCUAGGAUGGGAGCUUCAAGCAGACAUGGAGCACAUCACGGAGGCCGAGCUCGGUGAGCACGACUACCUCGAGAAGAUCCUCAAGGUCUUGGAUGCGAAGGCUGGUGUUCGCCAGGAUGACGAGAAGCGGCGAGCAUUCAAGGCUGUCAUGACCGAGAACCAGCGAAGGCGGGAUGAGUCGUUGUCUCAGUACUCUCUUCGCAGGACUCAGGAUUUUCAGCGGGCAACUACGUAUGGCUUUGUCCUCCCUCGCGAGCUUCAGGCUGCGAUGCUACGUGAAGGAGCCAGUCUUAGCGAGCAGAACCUGCAGAACCUUACGGCCCUCCUGCAGAAGGAUGACUCGGACCCUGACAAGGUAGCCAAGGGCCUGUGUCAGCUGGAUGUUCGAACUGACAAGCUGAUUGGCUUCGCGAACGGCGAGGUCCCCGCUGCCGGGUCAGAUGCUCCGGUCUACUUGGCGGACGACGACGGGGACGACGACGAUGAGCUGAGUGACGAGGAGGUCCUCGCUGAGCUCGAGGCCUUGGACUUGUUCGAGGACCAGGUGUGCGAGGUGUUCGCAGUGCUGGACGGCGGCGGCGGCUUCAAGAAGAAGCGCACUUGGAAAGAAAAUCGUCUGAUGAAGGCGGAGAUGAAGAAGGACCGUGGGUCUUUCAUCAAAGGAAGUGAUGCCCCUCCGAGAGGCCACGGCGGAGGACUACCUGGAGGUCGCGACGGAGCUCGCGGCCGAGAGUGGCGCGGAGGCGGCCGAGGACGAGGCGGCAUGUCUCGUGAGCAGCUCAAGAAGAUCUCAAAGUGUCGCGGAUGUGGUCAGAAAGGACAUUGGGUUGCAGAGUGUCCGAAUAAGGGCAAAACGGCGGCUGUCAGUGGCUUUGUGUAUGCUCCGGAGCCAGCCUCUGCUCAGGCGGUGGCCUUCUCUUUCCUUUCCCGGCGAGAGCUGUACGAGAUCGUCGGUGAGAUCCAAGCUGCUCCUCAGGACCGCCCGAGCUGUCCCAAUUCUUCUGUGUGGAGUUUCCUGACGAUGCCUUCCGGAGACGCCAUCGUGGACACUGGAGCAACCCAGGACUUGAUCGGGUCAACGGCUUUUGUGGCGCUGAAGCACCGCCUGAAGGACGUGGGCCUCCAGCCCAUCAAGGUGGACGUGAGCUGCGCGGUGCCAUCUGGCAUCGGGGGAAAGGCCACUGUGGAGCAGGUGGUCUUGGUUCCGAUCUCACCAGGUGGAUGUGCCGGCGUUCUUCAGAUGGUUGUGCUGACGGCUGAUAUCCCUCCCCUCUUGAGCAUCGGCUUUCUCGAUUUUAUGGGAGGGAUCAUAGAUCUGCCAGCUAAGGAACUCCGGCUUUCAAAGUAUCAGACGGCGGUCCCGCUCAAAGAGCUCCCGUCAGGCCACAGAUCUAUCCCUUUGAUAGAGUGGACCGGCGGCAAGUUCGAAGUUCCUGCCCCGAUCCGCGAGAAGUUCGGCUUGCCUUUUGACGCUUUCAACCUGAAGGCAAUGUCUUCGUCCGAGUACACAAAAGACGUGCAGUUCGGCAACAGUGUCAUGUGCACUUUGAACAACCUGCCGAACUCCUGUCGACAGUUGCUCAUGUACUUCAAGCUGGCGAUGGCCGAGCGUGCGAAGAAGACCCGACAAGGGCGCUUGAAGUAUGUGACCGCGGACGAGAGCGCGGCGGGCAGCUGCAUCCACCCGGCGAACCGGAUCAUUCGUCGGGGAAAUCAGUGGGCGAGCUGGCAAGUGUGCACCCAGUGCCAGGCUCGAGUGGCUUACGCCUCGAAACCUCGGGGAAAAGCUGCAGCCAAGGCGAAGGCCAAAUCGAGGUCCUCAGCGAAUCCGGUGCAGAGCGAAGGAUCCAUGGGGAAGGAGACCGAGCCAGUGGAGUUCCAGCCAUCUUUCCGUCGCUCAACGACUCCGGCGGCAGCGAGCUCUACGGUGACGCCGGACCUCCAGGUGAUGAUGCAGGCCUUCAUGGCGGGGAUCCAGCAGCAGAGUGCCGACAUGAACCGCGCCAUGGACCAGAUCAACAGCUCCCUGCGAGAGUUGGCUCGCGGACAGAGCCAAAUGAUGAUGAUGGGCGGCGAUCUGGCCGCUUCCUCCAGCUCGGGAGCGACGACGAGCCUACAGCAGCAAGCCGAGCAGCUAGCCCGAGUGGCGAUGGAGGUGGACCUGUCGGACGAGUGGGACGAGGUGAAUCCCAAUGCCGAGGAUCACCUCAGUACCAAGGCUGUGCCAAGCUGGGUUUUGUACCAAGAGAGGGAGAAAGCAAUGGAUAAGCUCCCACCCGGAGCGCGGCUCGUGGAGUCGUCUGACCACUACAUCACUGAGAAUGUCCCGACGGCGCUCCACCAAGUCCUCUACGGCAUUCCCAGCGACGAGGUCCCGAGUGGAUGGAAGGGCGUGAUCCAGGAGGUUCGGGCUGCAGAUGGUGCUCUUCUGUACCGGGGGACCACCGAAGGCUGCUCGGACGAGGAAACCCGAGCCGCCGGAAAUGCCUGGACCUGGCUGUUGCCAGCAAGGCUGGCCCAUGGAUGGUGUACCCUCGGCAAGCGCGGCCACGUGGAGGUUCUGAACGCCGAAGGUCAGGUGAGCUCUAUGGGACCGAUCUGGAUCUUCUUCGACCGAGAACGCGAGCUUCAGAGAGUUAGCGAUGCGAAGAUCGAGGAGGUCUGGCCUGAGGACCCUCUUCGUGGAGAUGAGGCCCCUUGUCGCAAGCAGUUACUGGAGGCGUUUGCAGGUCAAGCUCGCGGUGACUGCCAGGUGGACUACCUCGAGAUUUUCACUAAGACACCGCUGCAGGAUUGCGUGCGGCGGAAAGGGCUGCGAGUUGGUCUUCUUGGAGAUGAGGCGGAAAAUCUGACUGCGGCUGGCCGCACGGCCGUCCGAGAGGGGUGUUCAUCGUUGAGACCACGAAUUCUGGCAGCACGGUGGGAGAGUGAAGGUGACGGUCCUCAGGAUCGGCGAUCAGCUGUUCGAGACCGACUUCGACAAGGGCUUUUCUCAGAAGUUGCCGAGGAACAAGUUCGUCGUGGCCAUCACUUCCUCGUGGACUACCCUCUCCCUCUGGUGGAUCCUGUGGAGCAAAAGGUAGGUGCAGUCUGCGAUCAUCGGUUCUCUGCCCUGAUUGAGUCUCACGCGCACCAGGUCAUUGUAUGCCAUCAGCAUGGUCAGCCAAGGCGCAUGGCAUCCUCGUUUGCGGCAGGAGAUCUCCUAAAAGAGAGGGUGAGCUCCGCAGAAGUGCUUGAGAGAGGUGCUCCUCUUGGUGAUCGUUCGCGAGAGGAGCGGAUGGCAAAGGAGCUUUUAGAUGCCAACGACUUCUCUUUUGCGGCUUGCCAGGACUUGAUCGAUUGCACCAGUCUUCCAUCUCGAACGACCAGUCGGAGUGGGAUGCCGGAGACCGUGCAGGGCAAGCUCAUGUGCACGUUCGGGCUGUUCAGCCAUGGAGGAGUGUGGGGAGUAACUCGACAAACAAAGCUUCGUCCCCACUUCACGAACUACAUCAACAGCUUCCUCGACUGGCACGGCGCCGGCGGCCCCAGAACGAGCUUCUCUGUGAAUACCGGAGUUGGGCUUACCAUGCACCUGGACAAGUACAAUCUUCCUGACACCAGGAACUCCUUGAUCACCUUCGGGAAGCACGCUGGCGGCCGGUUGUGGGCCGAGGAUGCAUGCCAAGUCACUGGCGGCAAGAUCAACGAAAGGAGCUCUCGGAAGUCUCCUUCCGGCCAGGUCCUCUACGGUCACAUGGUGAAUACCUACCAGAAGAUGGCGACGUUCGAUGCCCAUUACUACCACGAAGUGGAACCUUGGACCGGCUGUCGUUACAGUGCAGCCUGCUGGGCCAACGCCUCUGUGGCUAAGGUGGAUAAUCGUACCCGUCGAAGGCUCAGGACACUUGGCUUCCGGCUUCCCCGCGCGUCUGGCCCGGGAGGUCCCAAGAUUGGUUCGGCGCGGCCGGACGGGCUCUGCGAAGCCGUGCUGGAGGCUUGCGCCGCACACGCAUCCGGGUCUACCUGUCCCUCUGCGAGACCGCUGUUUUCCUUCCCGUCAGUCCCAGAUCCUGAGGAUGAGAAUGAGAUGGAGGAGGGAGACGAAGUGCAGUCGGAUCCAAGGGCAGAGGAAGCUCCACCGCUCCGGGUGACUGAGAGUCAGAAGCGGUUGGUUCACAAAGUUCAUGUGAACGUGGGACAUCCUCCAAAGGCCAGGUUCUUGCGAAUGAUGAAGGCAGCCGGGACGUUGCCCCACGUGAUGCACUACAUCAAGAACGACUACGAGUGCGACCAAUGCUCCAUUCGACAAAGACCGGAUCACAGGCAUCGGGCACGGUGUCCUCGCAACUAUGAGUUCAACCGCAUGUUGUCGAUCGACGUUUUCUACAUCAAGUUUGGGAUCUACCAAGUCCCGAUCCUCAACAUGACUGACACUGGGACGUGUUAUCAGGUUCUUCAGAGGCUGCCUAUCGCGACUGGCGGCCACGGAGGCACCCCGACCUCGGAUGCAACCUGGAGGGCUUUUCUGGCCACAUGGAUUCGCUUCUUUGGCCCUCCCGAGGUCCUUGUCUGUGACUCUGGAUCCGAGUUCAAAGCACACUUCGAAAGGGGAUGUGAGGGUCAGGGUAUUUUGCAACAUGUCGUCCUACCAGAAAACCCCUGGAAGAACGCCAUCAGCGAGCGACACGGCGGCUUCAUUAAGCACCGCCUUGAUCAGGAAUUGUCUUCAGGAAGGGGCGUGCUCCAAACUUGGGAGGACUUGGACGACUUCUUGCACGAGAUGGUCUCAGUAAAGAACCGAUGGCUGAGCCGAGGUGGAGUGUCUCCGACUCAGUUGGUGUUUGGCAAAAUGCCUCGGAUCCCCGGUGAUCUCCUUAGUGACGACCACACUGGGCUGAUGGCAUUGCAUGAUGCGCUUGAGGACCCUCUUGGAACCGAUCAGGCAGCAGCUGAGUUCAGGAGACGAAUGGAAGUGCGAGAGAGAGCCAGGCAAAUCACCAUGGCCCAGGCAUCCCGAGAGGCGGUCCAGCGUGCUGUUAAAGCUUCUACCCAUCAAUCUCGGAGGUUCUAUGCGGGCCAAUGGGUAUACUGCUUCCGACGGGGUCGUCCAGGUGAUCCUCUUCAUCCUCGAGACCGGUGGGUUGGUCCUGGACUGGUGGUUGUGGCCAACAACAGCACGGUCUAUGUUGGGAUGCGGACGAGGCUCUGGAGAUGUUCCCCAUCCGAUCCUGGAAUGUCGGAGCUCAUCCGCCGGGUGAUCUCAGGCUCUACGGCUCGAGCCAUUAACGUUGCCCGAGAAGGAGCUCCACCUGACGGUGCAGCGGUUGCUCCUGUUGACCGAGAGAACGCGGAAAUUCCGUUGGCGGGCGAGGCCCCUCAGGCUGCUGCCGAGGAAGUGGUUCCAGUUCCUCCUGGCCUACUUCCUCCUGGACUACCUCCUCCACCUGGUGAUCUCCCUCGUGAUGAUCUAGACCGCGCUGAUGGACGAGCUCAACAUGCUGAAAAUAGGCAGCGAGGACGGCCUCCCGAGGUCGAAGAGCCGGCCCGCAAAGUACCGAGGACUGAAAGUCCGCCUGGAACCCGAGCCCCGGGUACACCCAUGGGGCCCUUGCUGCGAGCGGUGCAGAAUGCGGUCCGCCCAGAAGCCGAGGUCCCCUCUUCAUCUUCUUCUCUGACGCCUACGGAAAAUCUUCCCGGUGAGCAUCGCGUGGGAAGACAGGUUCGAGAGUGGGAGGAGGUCACCGCCCAGAGAGCUCGAGAGCGGACGCCCCCGCCAUCUCAGCGAGAUGGAGAUGAUAGCUCCGAGGACCUGUGGGCCACUUUCGAGCAGGAAGGAUGGUCCGGGAGCUUCUACAACUACCGUCAAGGAUCUCAAGAGCUGGGCACGGAUGCUUCCGGAGAGUGGACGUGGCUGGCCAAGCGCAAUGACGAGGUGUCCUUGAAGCAGCUGGCAGCGAGCGAGAGGGAGAUGUUUGCGAAAUCCGAUCUCCUGGAGUGGCAGAGCAUCCUGGACUCUAAAGCUGUUAAGGUCCUUUGUGGAAAACAAGCAGCAGAAGCACGAGCCAGGCACCCAUCUCGAAUUCUCUCGAGCCGUAUGGUGAGGCGAAAGAAGCCAAUGCCCGGGCUGGGCCAAUGGAAGCCCAAGAGCAGGUGGUGUAUCCACGGACACCACGAUCCGGACACGGGGUCCCUGGUCACGUAUUCACCUACUCCGGCUUCGGAAUCUCUUAUGCUCUUCCUCCAGGCCUCGAUCAACCUCCAACAUGUUCGGGCUUUCGCGGACGUCAAGGCCGCCUUCACUCAGAGCCUGCCGAUUCGCAGGCCAGCCGGGCCGAUUUUCGCCGAACCCUGUGAGGGCUUGAGCCUCCCCGAAGGGGCACUGAUAGAAAUCCUUGUCCCAGUAUAUGGGUUAGACGAUGCGCCAGCUGCCUGGCGCGAAACAGUGACCCAAUACCUGGUCGAGGAGGAGGGCUUCACUCGAAAUUUGGUUGAGCCCUGCUGGUUCUCCAAGUUCGUUGCCGGCUCGAGUACCUGUGUGGCCCAAGUGCUUGUCGAGGUGGACGACUUCAUUGUCAGUGCGAACCCCGACUUUAUGCCAGGGCUUCGAACAAGUAUGCAGAAGAGGUUCCGAUUUGGAAAGUGGGAGGAUGGGUCAGCGGAAUAUGCUGGCCGUCUCAUUGAGGACAAAGGUGACCACCUCUCUGUGUCCCAGGAGAAGUACAUUCUUGAGCAAGUGACUUCGGUGACCCUCUCAAGAGAACGCAAGCGGCAGCCCGAUGAGCGUCUCUCCCCCUCGGAGUUCGAAUCUUUCCGCUCUCUUGUGUACAAGUUGAACUGGCUGGGACGUGAGACUAGGCCGGAGGCAGCCGGUGUCGCAUCCAUCAUGGCCUCGAGGCUCCAGGUUGCCAGCAUCAAGGACGUGAUGGUGGUGAAUCGAUUCGUGAAUCACCUUCGCAACACCGCCAAUCGUCCCUUGAAGAUUUGGCGGUUUGGCCCUGAUUCUAUGGCCUUUGUGGCGGUCUCGGAUGCCGGUGGCGUGAACACCAAGGAGACUUUGCUUGACGACGAAGGCCUUCCGACUGAUGCGACCCAAGGAGCUUGGCUUGUGCUCACCGCGGAGGCGUUACCAGAAGGAGAUCGCCGGGUUCGUGCAAGCCCUAUGUCCUGGAGGUCCUCGAAACUUAAAAGAAAAGUCUUCAGUACGGUCGGAGGCGAGACGCAGGCCAUGCUUCAAGGGGUGAACGAGGUCGAGUGGAUGCAGGUAAUGUACAGAGAUGGAGUUUUCCAUGAUGUUCAGCUGCGCAGCUGGCAGGAAAGCCUGAGGCCGCACAUGCUUGUGAUGAAGGGCGAGCACCCUGGCGGCGGCCGCAACCCUCAGUGUGUGGUGACAGACGCUAAGAGCUUGUUUGACUGCAUUCUGAAGGAGCAUCCCGCUGGACGUCAGGACAGAAAGUCUGCCCUCGAGCUUGCCAUCAUUCUUCGUGAUUUGCAACGAUCCAAGAGUAUGGUGCGGUGGAUCCCGCAUCAAAAAAUGAUCGCAGAUGGGCUCACGAAGGAAGACCCUUUCGCGGAAACGGUGCAUUAG